AUGUCGAAAUCUCGAGAAGAGCGUAUAGAGCACGCGCUAAGCCCGCUUGUCGAGAAGUUCAUACCAUCAGCUGGUAAGCCGAAUAUCGUUACUAACGUCGAUCAUGUCUCUGGAUUGAUCAAAUCGAAGCUGCUACUAGAGAAUGGGGAGAAGCCGUACGCUGCUUUAAAGUUCUCGAACCUUUUUUCUCGAUUGAAGGAUCAGCCUGUACUCAAUGAAAAAUGGGCCAUGCUAUACUUUCUCUACAAAUUGUCCGAAACACAGUCACCAAACAGACAUCAGAAUACUGGUGCGCACGCACGACCAACGACAAGUGGCUCUAUAGGUCUCGACCACAGUAAAUCGCUUCGGAGUCAGGAUAACACAAGAGAAUUACGGCAGGAGGGGUUCAUUGUUGAUGCACCAGCAUUCAAUGAGGCCUUUUCGAAGACUGGCUUGCUCAAGCUGCCAAGAGAAGAGGAAAUCAAGCUUACUCGUCCAGGUUCAUCCACUGGAUUAACAUCCUCACGGGGUCCGGAGAGGCCAGUAAAGAUUAAAGAGCGGGAGAAGAAGUCCGAGAAAACGCCUAGAGAAGAGACUGCAUUUAACACAAGAGUGAGCGGCGUAUUGGAGCCGUCUGAGACCGCACUGCUGCGUGAUCUUCCGUUCACACUUCAGGGAUUAUCUUCUACACACCUGGCUUUCAAGACCUCCACUGUUCUCAAACUACCUCCGCGUCUUCCUGUCCCACUUAUCAGUCUACUUCACACCCUAGCGGAGCCUUCACUACUCUAUCGUGGUCUUUCUGAAUUUGUGGAGUCAUCUGAAGGAGGCUUGAUCGGUCAGAGUUUUCGGUCAGCCCUGGGACGUGAACUUCGAUCUUACCUUGGGCUUGUUGCAACACUCGAGGGCCAAAUACGGAAGGCUUUAGCCACAAUUGAUGAUCUACAGCCACAGAACACCGUUGGCAAAGCCGGGGUUACAUUGAAGAAGUGUGUGAUAUGGACACGGGAAGCGACUUUGGGGCUGCGCUUGAUGAAACUGAUGGUCGAGCAAUCAAAAGACAGAAAGGGGGGACAGCUCAUAUCACUAAUUCACUCGUUUUCCCUGACUCAUGGUGACCCGUUCGUGGGCACAUUUGCCGAACGAUUGCUUUCUCACGUGACACGACCGUUCUACGAUAUGCUACGACAAUGGAUCUACGACGGCGAAUUGGCCGAUCCAUACUUUGAGUUCUUCGUGUCGGAACAUUCUGAAGAUGGAGACAGUGAAAUACAUGGUGAUAGUAAAAGGGGAGGAGCGACUAGUGUUUGGCAAGACAAGUACAAACUAGGCGCUCGCAUGAUUCCCUCAAUCAUCACAGAAGAAUUUGCAAAUAAGGUCUUUCUCAUUGGCAAGACGCUGAAUUUCAUUCGAUACGGGUGUGGAGAUGCUGCGUGGGUCGAAAGUUAUUCCAAAGAUGCAUCGAAAGAACUACGGUACGGUGAUACUGCCAAUCUCGAAAGGUCUAUCGGAGAAGCAUACAAGACGACAAUGGCUCGACUUAUUCAUCUGAUGGAGGACAAGUUUGCACUUUUCGAGCAUCUCAAAGCUCUAAAGAAGUAUCUGCUGCUGGGAGCAGGUGACUUCAUUGCUAUACUUAUGGAAUCCCUUGCAGCAAAUCUGGACAGACCGGCAAACACGCAAUAUAGACAUACACUAACCGCGCAACUAGAGCACGCUGUCCGUAAUUCGAACGCUCAGUACGACUCUGCUGACGUACUACGUCGUCUUGAUGCGCGUAUGCUGGAGUUGAGUCACGGUGAAAUUGGUUGGGAUGUUUUCACUUUGGAGUACAAGAUUGAUGCACCGGUGGAUGUCAUUGUAACUCCGUUCGGAAAUAAGCAAUAUCUCAAGGUUUUCAACUUCCUUUGGCGCGUCAAACGUGUUGAGUUUGCACUUGGCUCUACAUGGAGACGAUGUAUGACUGGUGCACGCGGCAUCUUGGGUGCAGUUUCAGACAAGCUGGGCGCAGACUGGAAGAUCGCUCGAGGGUCCGUUGCCGAAAUGAUCCAUUUUGUCAAUCAGCUCCAAUAUUACAUUCUCUUCGAAGUCAUUGAAGCAUCAUGGAACGAGCUUCAAAUGGCACUCCACAAGCCGGAGGCUACGCUGGACGAUAUGAUCAAAGCACACGAUGUCUAUCUGAACAGUAUCACACGCAAAGGAUUGCUUGGGUCGUCCGGCGGUUAUGACUUUACGUCUCAGUUGCACGAGCUACUGAAAACGAUGCUACAUUACAAGGAAGCUGUAGAUGGCCUAUACUCUUUCUCCGUUGCCGAGUUCACGCGCCGACAGGAGCGCUCAGCCAAAAUCGAGACCCGUACGGCAGCUGGAAAAUGGGGAAUUACAGAACGCGACGAAUUUGGAGACUUAACACCAGCGACUGCGAGCGCUAAAUUACGUGAAGAUAGGAAGAAACCGAGAGAGACCGAUUCGCCUUACCUGUUCGCGACUGCUUUGACUGGUAGUGCAAGCGAGGACGAUGUACUGGACGGUCUCCGAAAGCGCCUUAAGCUUCUUAAUUCGGAUUUCAAGGUGAAGGUCAACAUACUACUCGGAGAUCUAUAUGCGCAACCUGACGCAGAUAUGCGAUGGCUUGCCAUGGUGAUGAACUUUAACGACACUUACACACCGGCGAAGAGAAAGAGAAGAACGAGACCGGGCGAUGAUAAAAGGAGAGAUCUUCAGACGCCUGCAACUGUCAAACCUGAGACGAAUCUUCGAUCGGUGCAAGAGCAGGUCAGGCAAAGGGGCACAGAGCGGCCAAAGUCAUGA